AGCCCCACGCGCUACCUCACCGGCGCCUAGUGUGACGACGUAACUCCGCGUCAUGCUAACUAGCUAGCUGAAUGACGGCUACGAUUACUCGAAGGAGCGGAGCUAACAUCACCUUAUCCAUUACCAGGCUCAUCGAUACUGAGACACAGAGACAGCUGGGUCUCUCUCCCACGGUGACCACAGCCUGAGCCUCCGCCGCCAUGACGGACAACAAGCGCCUCGCUUUCUCCAUCCUCCAGUUCCUCCAUGACCAGCUCCAGUCAGGGAGUCUGACCUCAGGCGCCCAGGAGAGUCUGGAAGUUGCUGUUCAGUGCUUGGAGACGGCAUUUGAAAUCACGACCGACGACAAGACCCUCGCCGUCCCCAUGACGUUACCAGAGAUCUUCGCCUCAGCCACAGACAAGCUUCCAGUUGAGUCGCAUGUCAACAACAACUCUGCUCCUCCACAACCGCCAAACUCCCUCACCGAGGAACAGAGAGAAGAGGCAGAGGCGCUUAAAACCGACGGUAAUGACCAAAUGAAAGUGGAGAAUUUUGCAGCUGCUGUUGAGUUUUACUCAAAGGCCAUCGCCAUCAACCCUGAGAAUGCCGUCUAUUACUGCAACAGGGCUGCAGCGUACAGUAAACUAGGGAACUACGCGGGAGCGGUGCAGGACUGUGAACAGGCCAUCAGCAUCGACCCAAACUACAGCAAAGCCUACGGGAGGAUGGGUUUGGCUCUGGCCAGCCUCAACAAACACACAGAAGCAGCAACUUACUAUAAGAAAGCUCUGGAGCUCGACCCUGACAACGACACGUACAAAGCCAACCUGAAGAUCGCAGAGGAGAAGAUGGAAACGUCCAGCCCAACAGCAGGGAUGGGCGGAGUAGAUCUGGCCGGUCUGCUCAGUAACCCCGGCUUCAUGAACAUGGCGUCCUCUCUGAUGACCAAUCCUCAGGUUCAGCAGCUGAUGUCGGGGAUGAUGUCAGGAGCGUAUGGUGGGAUGCCAGGAGGAGCCAGUGAGGGAGGUGGAGGACUAGGUGGAGGACUAGGAGGGCUGGGAAAUUUAGGCGGACUAGGGGGAGGAUUAGGCGGAUUAGGCGGAUUGGGCGGACUAGGGGGAGGGCAAAUAGCAGCAGCAGGAGGGCAAGCAGGGGGAGUAGGAGGAGGACUCGGAGGAGGACAGGGAGGCGGAAUAGGCGCGGGAGUAGCAGGAAGUGCGGCGCCCUCCGGAGCCGGUGCUACGGGCGGAGAUUUGUCAGGACUGAUCCAGGCAGGUCAGCAGUUUGCUCAGCAAAUGCAGCAGCAGAACCCCGAACUCAUAGAACAGCUGAGGAGUCAGAUCCGCAACCGAACGCCCAGCGCGGGAAACGAGGAGCAGCCGUGACACUCAGACACGGUCGGACAGGUUUGCUUGUGGAUGAGACGAGCUGUUAUGGAUCAUUUAUAUCUCGAAGGACUAAAAGGAAGUUGUUUUUUUUGUUUUCCCCCUACAUCACUUAACAGCUGCUGCACGAGAGAACAAGGGGCUCCAUCAGCUUCCUUCAGGAGCUACGCCACCAAAAGAGAACCACUUCCCGCUUCUCUGUGUGGUUUUUAUAAAGCUGAUUUUGACAUUUACCACUGUGGUACCAAACACAGAUUCAUUCUACUGCAUCUGAAUACAUUGAUGCUCUAAUAGGAACAUGGCUAUUAAAACAACAGAGUUUAAAAACACAGACUUGACAUGUCUUCUUAAAACCACACAGCUGAAUUUCAAAAGUUUUGUCCAUUACCCUUUUCUGCUCUUAGUGUGUGUGGUGGGGGGGGAGAAGUGAGCGUAUGAGUGUAGGUUAAUUUUGCCUGCGUGUGUGUUUGUGUCACGUUGAGUUGUGAUGAGGCAGAACGCUUUCACAGUCUUGGCAAUUAAAAAGAGCCUAAACUUUU